GAUGCUCUGCAGUUCGAAGGCCUACGAAUCACCGAAGGCUUCGGCGAAGAGGGUGCUGCGGCCGGACCGUCUCGUGGCGGGCGAGACUGGGGGCAGGAUCGCGCUGGUCCCGCUCGAGGGCAUCGCACGGAGUCUAUCGGGAGACAUGGAGCUGCCUGAACCGGCAGAACUGAUGGACUACAUCAGCAAGGUGCUUAUCAUCUCCAGGCUGCCCGUUCUGAAGCGCCUCGCGAACUUUCAGGUCUGCUCCAUCUCAAAGGCUUUGGACUCCACGGAUCCCUGGAGACCGGGGGAGAUCGUCUUUGACCAAGGAGAAGCCGGCGACAAGUUCUACAUCGUCAUGUCCGGGGGUGUGCGUGUCGAUGUGGACGGAGUCUUGCUACGCGAGCUCGGCAAAGGUGCCUGCUUCGGCGAGCGAGCGCUGCUCUUCGACGAGAAGCGGUCGGGCAAGGUGACUGUCACCGAACCGGACACCCGGUUCUGGGUGGGCACUCGCGAUGUCUUCGAGAAGUUCGUGACCAAGAACAUGAGAGACGACCUCCGGGAGCGCGCGAAGCUUCAGGACUGGACUCUGUCGCUGAAGAACCUGAGGCACGUGCGCAUGAUCGGCGUAGGGGCCUUCGGGUCCGUACGCCUUGUGGAGCACGUGAAGACUGGGGCACGAUAUGCGCUCAAGCGGAUCAAGAAGGAGGAUGGCCAGGUUCCCAUGGAGAUUCAGGAGGAGUGCAACCUCCUUGCCAUGGCGAGCCAUCCUUUCGUCCUGCAGCUCGUGAAGUCCUUUCAGACGGAGAAGAGCUUGUACAUCCUCACCGAGCUCAUCACCGGGGGGCAGCUCUACGAACAGAUGCGGGACAAGAUGGGCACCGCCAGUCGCCGACAUGCCCAGUUCUACACGGGCUCUCUGGUUCUCAUCCUCGAAGCCCUGCACCUGGCGGGCGUGGCCUACAGAGACCUGAAGCCGGAGAACGUGAUGCUGGAUUCCCAAGGCUACGUCAAGUUGGUCGACUUCGGCUUGGCGAAGGACAUGCGGGAUCAGAGCAAGACCUUCACCAUCGUCGGGACUGUGUACUACAUGGCACCAGACAUCUUCGUGGGCCGAGGCUAUGGCUUGGAGGUGGACUUCUGGUCCCUUGGUAUCAUGCUCUACGAACUGGUGUGCGGAAGGCUACCCUUCGGCAACGAGUCAGCGGAAGAGGAUGACAUCAUCGCAGCGGUCUUGGAG